AUGAGCGACGCACCCAAGGUAGAUGCCCACAAUGGGCCUGUUCACGACCCCGAUCACCUCGAGGCCGCGCCUCGCAGGUCUUCCGACAAAGGUCUCGCCGACGGGCCCCCCAAGGGCGGUGGUCCUCUUUCUGACCCAAUCUAUCGCGCCAAGGUUGAGAAGAGCAUGAAGCGCAAGCUCGACACGUGGUGUUCCCUGUUCGUUCUGAUCUAUAUCAUGAACUAUCUCGACAGGAACAACAUCGCAGCGGCCCGUCUCCGUGGUCUGCAGGACGACCUCAACCUCAACUACUCGCAGUACGCGACGUGUUUGAGUAUCCUCUACGUCGGAUACAUUCUGAUGCAGGUCCCUUCCAAUAUUCUUAUCAACCGCAUCGACAGACCCUCUUGGUACAUUGCGGCAGCCAUGCUGCUGUGGGGUCUCAUCUCUACCCUUUCUGGUGUCGUCACCAACUUCGGAGGCAUGGUUGCUACGCGAUUCUUCCUCGGCUUUGUCGAGGCUGCAUUCCUGCCUGGAGCUCUUCUCAUCCUCUCGAAGUGGUACACCAGCCGUGAGCUCACCAAGCGUAACGCCAUUCUCUUCUGCGGAAACUUGAUCUCGAACGCCUUCUCGGCGCUCAUUGGUGCCGGUGUGCUGUCCAACAUGCAGGGUGUUCUGGGCCACGCUGCUUGGCGCUGGCUUUUCUGGAUCGAGGGCGCUGCCACCAUGGCCAUUGCCAUUGCGGCCGCUUUCAUUCUCCCCGAUCUGCCCCACAACUCGAAGGGCUUCACCGAAGAGGAGCUUCAGGUCGCUCAAAUGCGCAUGACGGAGGACGUUGGCGAGGCAGAUGCCGAUUCUGCCGAGCAGGGCGCCCUAGAUGGCUUCUACAUGGCUGUCAAGGACUACAAGAUCUACCUCAUGAUGAUCACCUUCACCACCUACGUCAUCGGUCUGUCGUUCAACGCCUACUUCAGCGUUUCUGGCACAUUGUCUGGCCCCAUCUGCAUGGGUAUCGUCGGCUUCGUCAUUUCAAUGGCCACCGACAACGUCGCCGCCCGCUACGUCGCCCUCUUCCUCCAGGCUGGAGCCUACGCUGGCUUCAUCGUCUUCUACUCCUGGAUCUCGUCCUCCUUCCCCCGGCCUCCGGCCAAGCGUGCCGUCGCCAUCGCCAUGAUCAACGCCUUCUCUCAGAUUGGUAACAUCAUCGGCUCCUAUGUGUGGAACCUCGAGGCCAACGGCUUCCGCGGCAGCUACGGCAUUGUGCUCUCCAUGUUCGGCGUCACCAUUGUCGGCUGCUACGGCUUCCGCGUCGUGCUCGUCAACCUCAACAAGAAGAUUGAGCAGGGCGGCGCCGCGUGGGAGACGCACGGCGAUGUCGCAGCGCAGACGGCUGAGCUCGCUCAGGAUGAUCCCACCAGGCUGCCUUCGACAUUCAGGUACCUUGUGUAA